CUAUCGGCCUUUCAGCUUAUCUUGCCAAAGUUUUGAAGGGACCUUACAAAUAAACAACUGCAAUAAUGUUCUGCUAAAAUAAUAUAAAACCAGUCAUUAAUUUAAUAAGCUUAAUAUUCUGGAAGGCUUUAUGUAAUUUCAGAGUGGAUAUGUUGACCUUCGUCUUUGUUUGCUUCUCUGUCUCAGUUACAGGCUUGCAUGCCGCUUUUACGGUUGUUGUUGGUAGUCAAUCAAUAAAAGUGAAAGAGAAUGAGGGAGUUGAUUUGAAAUGUUCCUACACCGCUGACUUUGGUGAAACACCCAGAAUAGAAUGGAAGUUCAAGGAUCUUAAGGGCUAUCAGUUUUUCAUCUACUUUGAUGGACGGAUAACUGCUGAAUAUGAAGGCCGUAUCACUGUGGAUGAUGGAGGACUGAGAUUUAACAAGGUGACACGAGCAGAUACUGGAGACUAUGACUGUGAGGUGUCUGGCAAUUCUGGAUAUGAUGAGAAGACCAUCAAGCUUACAGUCCUUGUGCCUCCUUCCAAGCCUGUGUCCAGAAUUCCUUCAUCAGUCACAACAGGAAGUAACGUCCGCCUGACAUGCUAUGAUGCAGAUGGUUCCCCUCCAUCCACCUAUAGGUGGUACAAAGAAAACACUCCCCUCCCUGAAGAUCCAAGCAAGUUUCCCAGUUUUAAGAACCUCACCUACAAGAUGAACGUCUUCAAUGGUAGCCUGAAUUGCUUAAAUACAGAUAAAUUUGAUGGUGACCAUUUUUGGACUGCAAUCUUCAAGUCAUUCCACAGAUUUUCAAUGGGGUUUAAAGGUGUAUUCACUCCUGUCUUGUUUGGUUUGAUUAAAUCAAACUCAUGUUCGUUUCCCGCCUUGAUGUGGAUCGUUUGGACAGGUGUGAAUACAGCAACCUCACUCGGGUGAAACCCAGUGAACCCAGCUGAAGAGGUGGUCCUGGUUUGCUUCCAAACAAACUCUGGUACGGUUUGUUUUAGGUGUGAAUAUGACCCGACUUCAAUCCGACCCAAUUGCAGAAAUCAAGCUCAGAAACAUACAGCUCACACAUGUAGUGCUGUUGUUUGCAUUUCAAUGGCUUAAAUCGCUUGUUUUUAAACCACAAUGCUUAAAAAUGCAUGCAAAUUAUGAGUUUUUGUGACCAUGGUGCACAGAACCAUGAUGUGAGUGCGCUAAAUAGUCUAAAGCUUGCCGCAAAAGUUACUAUGAAUAUGUUGGGGGAAAAUAGUUAGGAGAUUUUUUAAUUAUCAAUUAAUUAACUAGUGUUUUCUGAGACAGUGUGACAAAGAUGAAAUUGAUUAUCCUGAUUUGCCAUCUCAUCAUGGAUGCUAAAAGAAAUGCAUCUUUACGGAUUACCUAAUGAAAGAGUUUUUUUGGAUUUUAAUUAUUUUGUUUUGUGGUGUUUUAAAGCUUUCUAUAGAUAUAAUCAUCAUGUCUGAAAGUAAAAUAUUUGCUAAGGUUUAGUUCAUUUUUGUGAAGCGCUCCUGUUCAACACCUAGAUGGCAAACACAUCCUAUUUGUUUUCUUUAUUUUACAAAAGCACAACAUUUUGUUAAUAUUGCACGCAAAUAAAAUUAAGACCUUUACAGAUCUAAAUGAUGAAUAUAAUGUAUUAUUCUUACCUGUAUGUGCAAAAUUGACAGCGUAUUUAAUUUGUUUCCACUGAUGUCCUGAAACACUCUUCAGCUUACUGUAGGAAUGGUGUUAUUUGGAUGGUGAGCUUUAUUGGAUUAAAGUAACCAAAUUGGA